ACCAAGAGGAGAACAUGUUCAUGGCUAAGACUCUCGCUGCCGUCGCCGUCCUUGCCGGAUCGGCUUCCGCUUUCGCCCCCACCGCGAUGCCCUUGAGGGCCCAGCGCUCCGGUGCUUCUGCCAUGAACAUGCAGGCCGAGCAGGUUUCCCGCCGCUCCGUCUUGGAGGGUGCCGCCCUCGCUGCCCUCGCUGCCCCCAUGGCUGCCAACGCCAUCGGCGAGGGACCCAGCAACACCUUCUCUGGACAGAACGGCAUUGCCACCAAGACCGCCAACGGUCUCCUCGGAACCUCCAUUGUCGGAGUCGGCAAGAACGGAGCCCCCAAGGGUAAGAACUUCGCUCCCAUGAUCACCAUCUUCGAUGCCCGUGGCUGCGAUCGCGGCGGAGUUGAGUACAAGGGACCCAAGGCUGGCACCACCGACGACGAGAUGCUCGUCAAGGUCGAGCUCAUCGGCAUCAAGGUGCCCGAGUACCAGGCCGCUGCCUUCACCCGCGAGCAGCUCGGCUACACCUACCCCACCACCCGCUACCCCAAGAGCACAUCCGGAAACUAAACAAUGAAAUAAACGGGGAAAGAGACAGU